GUAGAAACACUGCUACUGGUUGGUUUGAGAGUAUCACUCCGUCCCACCCGUCAUGGAGGACCUCCUGAAACUUUUGUCAGCAGAUGCUGCCGUUGGAAACCCAGUUGCAGACCAGACGUUCACCACAGCCGAGUGUCACACAACCCAGGCAUCACGAGCUCAACUCAGGACCGCAAGAGAAGAGUUCACGUACCAUUUUACUUUUUUGGAUCUGGGAAAGCUGCACGAAGCCGAGAAUGCCCUCAGAGGGUGUAGCAUCAAGCAGCGCUGCGACGAUGGAAGGGUGUUUCUUGGCAGAGGGGCAACCACUCCAAUUGUGGAGUGUGUUGCACACCCUGGUGUGACGCAUACGCAAGAUAACCACCUGUAUGUUCAAGUCGUGGCUGGAUUCGCGGAGGUCUGGUGCGCGCAGGAACCCAAACCUACAGCACCGAGUUACAAAGUGCGUAUCACACCUCACUUCACCACUUUUCCGGAGUGGGCAAAGUGGAUGCGCGAUAAUGGCACGCUGCACAGCUCCAUCAGUUUCCCCAAGGCUUCCGAAGCAUACGCAACAACGUACUCUGGAGGGCGCUGGAUACGAGUCAGGAAGGACAAGUGGCAGGAUAUUCGCAGACCGAUAUUGCAGUCACUUCUGAAGAACGUGGUCAUUACAGGGAAAGGAAGGAAGCUAAUCCAAGUUCUUGACCAUGAUCUGCUACCUGCAGACAAGAUGCCAUUCGAAGGAGAGAUCAAGGUACCCCCGAACUACCCAGAGCUGGAAAAGUACAGGAACUACCUGCGGCAGUGGCCUCGCUCUGACGGUGCGGUACGAGAGAGACACUUGGACUCUCUUCAGCAAGUACGCCCGUUCAUCAGACAUAUUGGCUUGAUGUCAGGCGGAGACAAGGAGGUCGCAGCCUUCCUUCUCAAAUGGCUCGCAUUGCCAAUGCAGAGGCCAGGUCUCCAGUCGCCCUGCGCAGUGUGCAUUCAAGGGGUUCGAGGUUCUGGAAAGUCUAUUCUCGGUGAGAUCCUGCGCCAUUGCGUAGGCCAUGAUUACGUAGGCCAGCUUAACUGCUUGAAUGAUCUGAAGCAGAGGUCCGCUGAAUCUCAGCUCAUUGGAAAGUUGUUCACUGUGGCCGAUGAAGUUUCUGGUGCGAAACGAGAGCACAUCAAAGCAUUCACAGCCCUGAACAGCAUUGUUACAAGCUACAUUCAGACGCACGAUGUGAAGAACAGGAAAACAAGAGCAGAACCAGUUUUCACACACCUUCUAGUCCUCAACAGUGCCGACACUCCGCUGCAUUUGGUGGAUGAUAAUCGACAAUGGCUCUACUCAAGGUCAAAUGCCACAGCUGAAGACGGACGGGCUUUGGCAGAAUGGGCUGAGAAGAACUACGGAGAGAUCAAGGGGUAUCUGAAAGGGCUGCCCAUCGAAGAAGGGUUUCAAGACAAGCACCCAACAGUCACACAGGACAAACCAGACCUGCUUGAAGGCAGCAAGGCCAUUGAGGAUGACAUCGGGUCCCAGGUGGCAGAAGCAUUCUCAGCAGAAGCAGUAGCUAUGGCCAAUUGCCAGCCGUUGGCGCUACCAUCCGGCCUCCACGUGAUCAAGACUGGGGAAGGCAUGGAAAUCAUGGCUAAGUACGAGUACGUCCGUGGUCGAAUGAAGGACUUCGCAAAAACGGAUUUUCAGCCAAACUACGUGUACAAGCUGGAGAAGUUUGGCUGGAAGAGAAUCAGCAGCAGAAAAUCGCCAUGGGGAACCAAAGUACGAGUGUGGUUUCUGGCCACGCAAGCCGAAGACGAAUAGCCUGAACACGGUACUGUAAGGCUUAUUAUGAAGUUGUGUCAGUGUCAGUCACGUGACGUGCUUCUAUUCCAGGCAGCUUGUGACACAUCUGAUCAUGCCUAUAUUUUCUGGGAGUUCUUACUUCUCCACUCCUUCACUGCUAUAGUGAGAAUGACCUGCGUGUUCUUGAAGUUAUAGUCUUGAUUGUGAGCGUCGGUAGUAUUGACGUGAAUAGUUUUUUGCUUGGCAUCGGUGCAUUCAUAGGAUGCAGAAUGUUGCAAUUUCACCUUGUUGACGCGCUCCUUAAAUUAAUUGGGCACACUGGUAGGAGCUUACUUGGGGAAAUCCAGCUAACUACGCACAUGUAUCUCUUAUUCCAGUUUUGAGUAUGGAGCAAUGAUUUUUUAUUGGUUGUAUAAUCCUGUUGCACCUGGGGAAGGAGAUCUAAGUAGUUGAUUUUUAAGGUUUGUUCUUUGAAUUGAAACAUACUCGCUAUCUGCAGUUGCACCACAAUACUCUGUACAAAUUCUGGACGUGAUCUGAAUUUUGAAAUCCAGUGUACUACAAGACCCAGAACUAACUUUGGAGAUGUGCCUUGAG